AUGGCUUCCCCCAUUGAGUUUGAGAUCUCGCCAAACCCUCGUACCCGUGAGGAAAACCAAGAACGAGCGUUCAUUGCUGCCUCUCGGCGGAAAGAUCGGAGCCUCGAUGCCCGUCUAGAAUCGGCCAACCGUGCGUCUCAGCUGCACAAGCAGCGGACGGGCAAAGCACUCCUGAUUACUCGGGAGAUUGUCGAAAAAGAGGCCAUGUAUGAAGAAGUCGAUGAUCGCUACAAGGAGAAACUACAACGCAUGCUGGAAGCUCAGAAUUUGCAAAUCAACACCCAAUUCCAACAGAAUCUCCUCGCCACCUUGGCCAUGCGACCCGGCCUGCAGCAUCGCCGGGCCUCCAUGAUGGCACAGCGCGGCCCCAUGGACGGGGUGCGCAAAAUGAGCCUGGACCUUUCAAGCAUCCGCAGCUCCUUCUCGGAGGGCAUGCGUGGGAGCCCGAUCACUAGCCCCAUGGCCAUGAGCGGCAACCAGAGCUACGUGAUGUCGCCCUCGUACGACGGGAACUCACAUUCCCCGUCCUCAUUCCAUCCCAACGUGGUGCCCGCCUCGUCGGGUCCCAUGCCAUCCUACAUUGCCCAUCAGUCGACCCCCACAUGGCCCGCUCACAUCGGCCCGCAGCACGUUCGAUCGCCUUGGGCUGGCUUCAACCCUGGUGACAUGAACAUGCCGGUGCGCCAGUUCCGAGACCGUCUGGGUUCUGCACCGGUUAUUCCCGUGCACGCGAUCCCCUCCAGUGCCGCAUACCGACCGACGCCCAUGCCUCAACAUAGUCGCAACCGCUCCGAACCAGGCCAAACGCCUGCCCAACGGAUGCCGUCCCACACACCCUCCGUCGAGAACACUCCGAGGGUGGAGCCUCGCCUCGACGGCCUUCCCAAUGAAGCCUUGCCGACCACCUUUCCGACUCCCGAUCUCUGUCCCACCCCCAGCACGCCGCACUCGCCUACCUCCACCGCGAAACACAGCGACGUGGCCUUCGACACCCUGGAUCCCAAGGAAUCCGACUGUGUCUCCUUCUCGCAGCCGUUCCUGGACCAGGACUUCGUCGACUUCCAGGGCCUCUCGUUCUCCUUGGGUAGUAACCCGACCAUCCCCUCGUUCGACAACACGCUGCACCACCCGGAAACCGAAUGGAAGCCGGACGAGGUGGUCCAAAUGGACGACUGGCUCGUCGGUGCUUAA